AUGAAUGUCACAGCAGCCAAUAGGGACCCCUUAGAUGUAGCAAUAACCAAGAAUGUGAUUACAGUCAUCCUCUCACUCACCAUCAUCUAUAUUAAUAGUACUCUGGUGCACACAUUUAGAAAACAUCAGGUUUUCACCAUGAACCCUCGUUACAUCCUCUACAUCCAUCUGGUGAUCAAUGACAUCAUUAUGUUGGCAUUGUUUGUCAUCCUUCAAGUCCUGGGUUACAUCUUGUUCACCCUCAAUGUUUCCUUAUGCAUUGUUUUGCUAAUGAUUGCUAUUAUUUCAAGUCUUAACAAUCCCUUAACACUCGCUGCUAUGGCAGUAGAGUGUUAUCUGGCCAUAUGCUUUCCUCUUCACCACCCACGAAUUUGUACAGUCAAGAAAACUUAUAUUGUGAUUGCUUUGAUAUGGAUGCUCAGUUCACUUACUAUCGUACCAGAUCUGUUUGUUGUCUUGGCCAUAAAACCUACAGCGUUUUUUAAUUCCUGGUUGUUCUGCAUGUGGGCAAGUAUUUUUGCAAACCCACAUCUUGACAAGAAAAGAGACGUAUCUAACAUUUUGUUUUUGGUCAGUGUUUGGGUCGUUCUUUUCUAUACGUACUUCAGGAUCCUUUUCACUGCACAAGCAGCUUCUGCAAAUGCCAAGAAAGCGAGGAACACUGUCCUGCUGCAUGGCUUCCAGCUGAUGCUGUGUAUGCUGAAUUAUGUCAGUAAUUUAAUGAUUAAAGGUCUGACAACUCUGUUUCCUAAAGAUGGUCUGAAUAUUCUCUACAUUGCUUCUGUGCUGAUUCAGAUUCUGCCAAGACUCAUCAGUCCAACUGUCUAUGGUUUAAGAGACAAGCUGUUCAGAGAGUACUUGAAACGGUCCCUGUUCCACGCAUCAAACAUUCAUCCUGAGAAAAGAGGCAACAGGCAAUUAAAGCGAUCGUGUCUGAUCAAACAGUUCAAAACUCAAGGAUAG